GUUUGGUUUGGUUAUCUAUUAGUUUUGAUCUAGGGUAUGGAUGGCACUGUGAUGUCUGAUCUGACCUUGAGCAAGGCAAAGCUUGACUCAAGUUGAACUAGUUGAUGCAUUGGUUCUGAUCUACCUUUUACUGCAUGUAGGACACACCUGACACCAUCCCUGAGCCACUCUGGUGUGCUGCUCCCAUGGAGGAAGUUGCCAAGUGUACUCUGCACGAUAUGAAGCCUAGGAAGUGUGUUGCUUUUGAAGGUGCUAACACUGGGAGGAGGUUCUAUGGAUGCCCUGUUCAGGGAGGUGUGAAUUGUGGUGUAGUUCAGUGGGUUGAUCCUGCCUGGCCUGAUGUACUUAAGAACUGCCUCAUCAAGUUGUGGGAAAUGUUCCAUGAGCAAAACCUUGGAAGGAUUCAAGACAAGCAUGCAUAUGAGGAUGAUGUUGCCAAGUUGAAGAAGGACUAUGAUCUGCUCUGCACUGAGUAUCAUAAAAUGGUUGAUGAUGUUAGCAAGAUGUUUGACUGGCAGGAUGGUGUUGGCAAGAUUGACUACCAGAAAGCAAUGGAUGCUGAGAAAUUUGAGAAGCAGAAGGAAGAGCUAGAGCUGGAGAUGAAGAUGGAGAAGCUAAGGCUAGCAAAAGAACAGAGGUGUAUCCUUCAGGCCCAGGCAGACAUAAUUCACAACACCAGGAAGGCAAUGAAAGAGAUAAAGGUGGACAGGGAUCUUCUUGCACAAGAGAAGACAGAGCUUGAGAAAGUAGUUGCUGAUCUGCUGAAUGCUGGCCAUGGGAGCAAGGAAAAGCUUGAGAAAAUCAAGGCCAUACUGGAGGCUUGA